AGCCUUUUCUCUGCAGGAGAUGCCCGAGGAGAUACACCCUCACCGAUUAGUGCAUAUUGCCUCGGAGCGCGUCUCUCAUGUAUCCAGCACCGACUACCCAGGUCACUGGCCAGGGGAAUCGUAUACCUGGGACCUCGAGUUUUUCCGAAAAAGCUUACAAGUUGACGUCAAGCGUCUCACGCCCACUACAAUCGACUUCGACCUCGUAGGGACAGACGCAGCGAUCGCCAACGCUCUCCGGAGAAUCAUGAUCGGGGAGGUGGAAACGAUUGCAGUGGAGAAUGUGUGGGUUUGGCAGAACACAAGCGUCAUGCAAGAUGAGGUGCUGGCGAGUAGGCUGGGGCUGGUACCUUUGAGGAUCAACCCGGCGAGGCUUGAGAGCUGGACCCCGAACGCUGUUCCAACCGAUGCAAACACCAUUUCUUUUGAAGUGCAGGUUACUUGCACCAGCCGUCCCUUUCCGCCAAGAGGGAGCACCGACCCCUCAGAGCUGUACGAAAACUCGUCCAUCUACGCCUCCCACCUCCGGUGGAAGCCUGUUGGUGCGCAAGCAGCACUUCCAGACUGGCUCGCCGACCCCCCUUCUGUCGCAAAACCCGAUAUAGUUCUCGUCAAGCUUCGCCCGGGGCAGGAACUCAACAUCGAGAUGCACUGCGUCAAGAGCUGCGGGAGAGACCAUGCAAAGUACAGUCCGGUCGCUACUGCAACGUACCGUCUGUUGCCAUAUAUCCAGAUCCUCAAACCAAUACCGGAGCAGCUGCAAGCGAAGUUUAUGCAGAGCUUCUCCCCCGGUGUUAUGGGGAAAAGAAGGAAUAAGCAAGAGGAAUGGGAGGUGUUUGUCAAGGAUGCGAGGAAGGAUACGAUGAGCAGGAACGUCUUCCUUUAUCCCGAGUUUGAGGGUGCGGUCAAACUCACUCGAGUGAGGGAUCAUUUCCUGUUCACCAUCGAGUCAGCAGGGCAAAUGGCACCCAACGCCAUCCUUCCAGAAGCGAUUGCCGUCUUCAGGCGAAAAUUGAGGACCGUGUCAAAAGCACUUGACGAGCUCAUGCACCCUCCUGAGGAUGCGGAGCCAGAGGUGCAGGAGGGGGGGAUGGAGCUUGACGCUUAG